AUGUCUUUCUUAAACACCUAUGGUAAAGUUGAUGAUGCUGACCAAGCCAUUCUCGAAGUUCGCCGAAAAACCAGAAAGAGAAUCACCAUCAUAAGCUUGUCCACAAUAGUCCUUAUUGGUAUUGUGUGUGCUGCUGUAUUUGGAACUGUUGCUCGCAACAACUCAAAAGAUAACAAAGCUCAAACUUUUUCGAAUGCGGUGAGUGCUGUUUGUGAUGUGACAUUGUACAAGGACGCAUGCUAUAGAAGCCUUAGUCCUCUUGUGCACUCAGGCCAGGUUCAACCCGUGGAUCUGUUCUUGCUGUCAAUCAAUGUGGCCUUAACUGAGGUUUCAAGAGCUGUUCAGUAUUUCUCUGAUCAGGGUGUUUUCAGUGGCUUGAAUGAUAACAACACCAAGCAAGCUUUUCAGAAUUGCCAGGAUCUUAUGGGUCAAGCAAUUGAUCAUCUCAAUAGCUCUUUGUCUGCUGGGGGAAAUUCUUCCUUUCUUGUUGUUUUGGAUGAUCUUAGAACUUGGUUGAGUGCUGCAGGUACUUACCAACAGACUUGCAUUGAUGGCAUUGAGGAGGCAAAAGAAGAAUUGAAGAACAGUGUUGUUAGCAAUCUAAAAAAUUCUAGAGAGUUCACCAGUAACAGUCUUGCCAUAGUUACUUGGCUUGACAAGGCUGCAAGCACUGUGAACUUGAGGAGGCGUUUGUUGAGUUUGCCUUAUCAGAAUGAAGAACCAAAGUGGCUUCAUUCUAAAGACCGGGAGCUACUUCAAACAGAUUAUUUGAAGAGAAAAGCUGACAUUGUUGUGGCGAAAGAUGGCAGUGGGAAAUACAAAACAAUUUCUGCUGCACUUAAAAAAGUUCCUGACAAAAGUGAUAAGAGGACUGUAAUCUAUGUGAAGAAGGGGGUUUACUACGAAAAUGUGAGGGUGCUGAAGACCAAAUGGAAUGUCAUGAUCAUUGGUGAUGGUAUGAGUGCUACAAUUGUUUCUGGAAGCCUUAACUUUGUGGAUGGCACCCCAACAUUUUCAACUGCAACAUUUGCUGUGUUUGGAAAAAAUUUCAUUGCUAUGGACAUGGGAUUUCACAACACAGCUGGUCCACAGAAGCACCAGGCAGUGGCACUAAUGACAACUUCUGAUCAAGCAGUUUACUACAGGUGUCAAUUUGAUGCAUUUCAGGACACUCUAUAUGCUGUAGCCAAUCGCCAAUUCUACAGGGAAUGCAACAUCUAUGGAACAGUUGAUUUCAUUUUUGGCAAUUCUGCUGUUGUUUUCCAAAACUGCAACAUUUUGCCAAAGGUUCCAAUGCAGGGCCAGCAGAACACAAUCACAGCACAAGGUAAAACUGACCCCAAUAUGAACACAGGAAUUUCAAUUCAAAAUUGUACCAUUUCACCCUUUGGGAACUUAAAUUCUGUCAAAACAUACCUUGGAAGACCCUGGAAGAAUUAUGCAACCACAGUUUAUAUGCAAUCCACAAUGGCAAGCUUCAUUAAUCCAAGUGGCUGGUUACCAUGGGUAGGGAACUCAGCACCAGAUACCAUAUUUUAUGCAGAAUUUCAGAAUGUUGGACCAGGUGCUUCAACAAAGAAUAGGGUUAAGUGGAAGGGUGUGAAAACCUCCAUUACUAGUAAACAAGCAAGCAUGUUUACAGUUAAUACCUUUCUUUCAGGGAGAAGAUGGAUUCCAGCUUCGGGUGCCCCCUUUAAUCCUUAUAUGUAA